AUGGUCCUCGACGCAAUCUUCGCUCUGGUCUACGGCCAGCAAUCUUGAUUUUUUCUAGUCGCUCCUUCACAUCACAUCUUAUCCGCUAUUCGGUCACGUCGUCAACGAAACCUGUGUUGAAACCUGUGUUCUGCUAUCAGCCAGACUGCGCCCACCUGAACCCUGAUCUCGGCACGAGACAUCGUCAGCAUUUUCCCCAGUAACCCCUCGACUGCGCCGAAGCUGCUCGUCUCUUACGAUACAGUUACCGGGUAGAUGGCCUCCCAAGGAGGCCUCACACGGAGGCGUGGCGCAGGAGGAGUAACAUCACCAACCGGAGAGGAAGAGUCCUCGAGCCGUGUCACUUCUCCUGCCCCAAAACCAUUCACAGAUCGCACGCCUGAGACUGCCUACGAAAACAGCGAGAACGGCCACAGAAUCGCAUACGACCCCAGAGACAUUAGCGAGAGUGCGGAACGGAGUAAACAACCCAAGUUGACACUAAUGGAGGAGAUCUUACUGCUGGGGCUGAAGGACAAGCAGGGCUACCUGUCGUUCUGGAACGAUAACAUAUCAUAUGCCCUGCGAGGCUGCAUAGUGAUCGAACUGGCCUUCAGGGGCCGCAUCAGCAUGCAAAACGAUUCAGCUAGAAGACGGUUCCCCCUGGCCGACAGAAUCAUUGAAGUUGUCGACGACACAUUGACUGGGGAAGUGCUACUAGACGAAGCUUUGAAAAUGAUGAAGUCAAGUGAGAAGAUGAGCGUCAGCUCUUGGAUCGACCUCAUGAGUGGAGAGACCUGGAACCUUAUGAAGAUUGGCUACCAGUUGAAACAAGUUCGAGAACGACUGGCGAAAGGCCUGGUCGACAAGGGCAUUCUCCGCACCGAGAAACGGAAUUUCCUCCUUUUCGACAUGGCCACGCAUCCUGUGGUCGACGCUGCUGCGAAAGACGAGAUUCGAAAGCGCGUCCGAAACGUCUGCUCCAACCGCACAGUCGUCCUUCCUCCCUCACAGUUUCUCCCUGCCGAACUCGAGUUCAGGAUGCUCCGCACAAUUAGUAUGGUUUGUGCAGCCUACGCUGCCAAUGUCCUUGAAAAUGCCUUGGUGACAAUGGGCCAUGAGACGAGAGAAAGAGCUUUUGCACAAGUCGAUGAGUUACUGGCGGAGUACAGCCAGUGGCCAUUUGCUCGGAGGGCCGGCGGAGGCCAAGGCAUCGGAGCCAACAUCGGCCAGGUGGUUGCAGAUGAAGUGGAGAGGAACAAAGACCGGGAAUUACAACUUGAGGUUGUUGCGGCAUGUUUGAGCGUUUUCACGAGGCUGGAUUCCUUGCUAUAGUAUUCGGGUUUUCGGCUGGGAACUUGUUAAAAGGUAGAACGGAGAGGACCUGUUUCGCAGGGCAGGACAUCCAGGAGGGCUGCUCAAUCACCACAGCAGAUGCGACGGAUCUCGAAAGCUUUUGGCAUGCCAUCUCAGGCUAGAUCAAGCUUUCGUCCACUGUCUCUGGCGGCUCCUUUGACACCAAAUCCUUUGCCUUGGGAAUCCUAACGUCCUCCUUGCCGCGCUUCUUUUGCCCGGUUUACAUCAUGCCUGCUUCUACAUUCAACCUUUUCUGGUUCUGCCGCAGCUACGGUGGUGUGCACCAAAUCUGCUGACCACGCUAGAAGUCGAAGGACGACGUUUUAAAAAGACCACA